AUGGCAUUCGGCGCUCCAAGAGGUAGAGGCGGUCCAGCAAGAGGUGGCCGUGGUGGUUUCGGUGGCGGAAGAGGUGGCAGAGGUGGUGCCCGUGGUGGUGGAAGAGGUGGUGCUCGUGGAGGUGGAAGAGGCGGUGCCAGAGGUGGUGCCAGAGGUGGAAGAGGCGGUGCUCGUGGAGGCAGAGGUGGUGCCAGAGGUGGUGCUCGUGGAGGUGCCAAAGUCAUCAUUGAACCACAUAGACAUGCUGGUGUUUUCAUUGCCAGAGGCAAAGAAGAUUUGUUAGUUACCAAGAACAUUGCCCCAGGUGAAUCAGUGUACGGAGAAAAAAGAAUUUCUGUUGAAGAGCCAGCUAAAGAAGAAGGUGCUGCUCCAACCAAGAUUGAAUACCGUGUGUGGAAUCCAUUCAGAUCCAAGUUGGCUGCCGGUAUUAUGGGUGGUAUCGAUGAAUUGGGUAUUGCACCAGGUAAAAAAGUUUUAUAUUUGGGUGCUGCUUCUGGUACUUCUGUUUCCCACGUUGCUGAUGUUGUCGGUCCAGAAGGUUUGGUAUAUGCUGUUGAAUUCUCUCAUCGUCCAGGUAGAGAAUUAAUUGGUAUGGCCAAAAAGAGACCAAAUGUUAUUCCAAUCAUAGAUGAUGCUAGACAUCCACAAAAAUACAGAAUGUUGAUUGGUAUGGUCGAUUGUGUCUUUGCUGAUGUUGCCCAACCAGAUCAAGCUAGAAUUAUUGCAUUAAACUCCCAUUUGUUCUUAAAAGACGGUGGUUUGGUUGUCAUUUCCAUCAAGGCCAACUGUAUUGAUUCUACUGUUGAUGCAGAAACUGUUUUUGCUAGAGAAGUCCAAAAAUUGAGAGAAGAAAGAAUUAAACCAUUGGAACAGUUGACUUUGGAACCUUAUGAAAGAGACCAUUGUAUUGUCGUUGGUAGAUACAUGAGAAGCGGUAUAAAGAAAUAG